GCUGCGUUUUGAAUCGCAGGAAGGUUUAACCGCCAGGCGCCGUUGCAUGAGAAACAAAAGCAGAUUGUGUUGAUUUCUCUUCAGAAAGCGGAAUAUAUCGUUCAAACAUGGAUUUGGACUCCAUGAAAUAUACUGAAAUGCGAAACCUUGCCAAGGAGCUUGGACUUAAAGCGAACAUGAAGGCCGAUAAGCUCCUGAAAGCGAUCAAGGAUCAUUAUCUAAAGGAGAAGACCAAGAAGGACGAGGUUGGACAGAUGCAAGUUAAGGAUGCAGCAGUUGUCAUAGAAGGAGAAAACAGCGCUCAUGCAACUUGCAAGAAAGACGUUUUUAGCGCCACUGUGUUUGUAAACACACGUCGUGGCAAAGGAAAGAGAAAGGUCACUGAUGCUGCCAACGUGAUGGAGCGUGAUGCCGAGUUACCCCCAAGCGCUGCAGAGGGUGACACUGAAGUGGCAGACUCUAGUGCACCCAGUGGCGCUAGGCUUGCUAAGAAGAGAAAAGUGUCCUCUGCCAAGGAUUGUGACAAAACUGUACCUGAGCCCCCGGACAGUCAUGGUGGAACAGAAAAGGCACCAAAAGUGGUCAAAGCUGGUAAAAUCCCGCGCUACCAAGGGCUCCAGCAGGCAAACAAGCAGCCUGUCACUCCUAACUUCAAAAAACUUCAUGAGGCGCAUUUUAACAAGAUGGAGUCCAUCGACUCGUAUGUCCAGAGGAAGGCCAAGCAGAUGGAGAUGUACAGAGAUUCUGUUAAAGAACUGAAGAAGGCAAAUGGAAAUCCUCCUGCUUUGUUCAGUCCUGUUCCAGUGAAUAAGAGAGUAACUGAAGACAAGCGCAGACACGCACCGCUGUCAGCCAGUAAGGCUCCUCCAAAUAAACCUGCUGGGAAGGAAGAUGCUCCCUUCAGGCCAUCGGUCCUUUCCACUCGCCGGAUCAAUGUUCGGUUUUCAGAAGCUACUCAUGACAACGAGUACAAAAGGUCCUUGGUGAAGACGCCUGCACGCCUGUCACCCUGUGUGACCUCAAGCACCCCACUAAAGAAGCCCAACAUUGUAAAGACUCUCUCUACCACAAAAACUCCAGGACCGUUUGUUUUCACUGGCAAUACAAGCACUUCAGCAACACCUGGAACGCAAAAGAAGCCAACCUUUGAUCUGAAGGCGAGUCUGUCUCGUCCCCUCGCCUAUAAGCCUCAUAAGGGUAAACUGAAGCCAUUUGGGGAGAUGAAAGAAAACACAAUGAUAAACAAUCUGACUACAAACUCACAUCAGAAAAAUUAUAAACAGCACCAAGUCCAAACCAGGGCAGACAGGAGGGCACGACGUAUGGAGGACCGGAAACAAAAGAAGGAAAGCAUGCUUGGGGCAAGAAGAGGCCUCGUCAUGUCAUGAAAAUAUCCCACUUGUUUCUACGUAGACUACCAGUCAACAGGUUGGACACUUUGAAGCCUCCAACCUGCUAUAUUUUUGCUUUUAUUGCUUCUGUGUUUUAAGGUUUUAUUCCUAUUAUUUGGGAAUGCAUCAGCUCAUGAUUUAUUUAGACUGUUUUAAAAAAAAAA